ACUCCAUUUGUUUGCCUUUGGGUGGUUUGGUCUCGUGCUCGCUUGGGCUGUGACGCAUGCAGGGAACUCGGCUCGACUUCAAACUGCCCCACAAUCUUGGGCAACAAAUGUUCUGUUUCGCGGGCGGCCACUCAAUCGCGAUCUCCCUUGCAACUGCCCACAAAUUUCUUUGAUGCCGUCGACCUCUGCGACCUUUCCUAAAACUUCCUUAUUUACCCUGCCUGCUGUCGCCUCCAUGACAAGCAGGUCUUGAACUCAUAUUUACUCAUGUCGUCCAGGGUUACCCGCUCGUCCGCCCGUCAAGCAGCGAGCCAAGCAGCCGCAGCAGCCUCCUCAAGUACGACUACCGGUACCGCCACUCCCACCUCUGCACCACCUCCCCCGCCGGCCCCGCCGACGCCGAAGCCGGCACCGAGCGCUCGGAAGCGAAAGAACAAUACUAGCCCCGCCCAAGGUGCCGCCGAGUCGCCGCCGUCAUCCCGCAGGCCCAAGCGACAACGGGUUGCACAAGCAUCCCCCCCGCCGCAACCACCUCCCGUCCCAGAAUUGACCCCGUCUUCCCGUAGGAAGGGCAAAAGUCUCGCGGCCAUGUCGAGCCCUGGAACGCCGGCAGGCCCUGCCGACCACCCCGAGAACCCGCCAACCGCAUCGUCCAGUCGGCGAUCGAGUCGCAACAAGAAGCCUGUGCAGACGCGAGUGGACACAUCCGUUCCCGCCCCUACCUCGAGCCGGCGAUCAAAGAGGGGUUCCAACGAUGCACAAGACCAAGACGUCGUUAUGGGCGGCACCGAAGAACACGAAAAGGCAUCCGAAGCGCCGCCCCCGCCGCCUCCUCCCGAGGAUAGAUUCCCAGAGGAUAGUGACGAGAAUGACGAGGACGAGGAGGCCCUACGGCGCUACGACGACGAAGACGACGUCGGUGAUCCCUUUGGCGGCUUUGGCGCCGCUGGCGGUUCGGUUCCGGGCCUCACCAACACCCUCCGAACGCUGACUGGCAUGGUGUCGGGCACAUCUUCAAGGCUUAGGGAGAUCUUGCAUAACCUUCGACAAAAGGAAGAUCCCACAAUGCAGCUGAUCGCGCUGCAGGAGCUUUCGGAGCUUUUGCUCAUCCAUAACGAAGAUACACUCUCGGGGCAUUUCUCGCCCGAUGCGUUCGUGAAGGAGCUGGUAGGCUUGAUGCAACCGAACGAGCUCACGGGGGAAGAGAAUCCAGAGAUUAUGCUCUUGGCAUGCCGCUGUCUUGCCAACCUCAUGGAAGCCCUGCCAGCCAGCACUUCGAAUGUCGUUUACGGCCAUGCCGUCCCUAUUCUAUGCCAAAAGUUGCUCGAGAUUUCCUUCAUCGACUUGGCCGAGCAAGCGCUCAGCACCCUGGAAAAGAUCUCAAUCGAAUACCCUUCAAGUAUCGUCCGCGAAGGCGGCCUGACUGCCUGCCUCUCCUACCUAGAGUUUUUCGCCACAAGCACGCAGCGGGUUGCCGUCACCACCGCUGCGAACUGCUGUCAGAACCUCGACCAAGAAACCUUCCCCGUCGUUCGAGAUGUUAUGCCAAUCCUCCUUAAUGUUCUCGGAAGCAGCGACCAGAAGGUCGUCGAGAAGGGCUCGCUUUGCGUCACCCGCAUCGUUGAGAGCUUCCGGUUCCACCCGUCAAAGCUGGAGGAACUCGUCAGUGUCGACCUGCUCAAGGCCAUUCUCCGCCUCCUUGUCCCGGGCAGCACCAACCUGAUCGGCGCGCAUAUCCACACGCAGUUCCUCCGAAUCCUUGCCUUCGCCGCACGGGCGAGCCCCCGCUUAUCAGCCGAGCUGUUCAAGAUGAAUGUGGUAGAGACGCUUUAUCAGAUUCUGACAGGCGUGUCCCCCCCGAGUGGCCAUGAUGACAUCGCUUCGAAGCUUGAUAGCGUCUUGAUCAUGCAGGCGCUCAUUCACCGCCCGCGAGACCAGAUCAUCGAAACACUCAACGUCAUCUGCGAGCUUCUUCCGGAUUUGCCAAAGUCGGCCGAUCCCGCCUCGUGCGACUUUCCUGAGCUCAGCCCACCGGCUGAGCCUAUCACGCCCUCGUCCCUCGGUUCCCGUAGAAAGACUACAAACGAGAGGCGGAUCGAGCUCCUCGAGGGCUGCAAAGAGGAGGUCCGGCGGUUCUGCAUGAUUCUUUUCCCCACCCUCACCGACGCCUACUCGAGCACUGUCAACCUGAGUGUCCGAGAAAGGGUCCUGACGGCUCAGCUCAAGAUGCUCUCGAACCUGGACGAAGAGAUUCUCGUGGACGCCCUAAAGUCGGUCUCCUACGCAUCCUUCCUGGCGUCAAUCAUUUCUCAACAAGAUCACCCCUCGCUUGUUCUUUCUGCAGUAGCGGCUGCCGACUUGCUGAUGAGGCGCCUGGGCACCGUGUAUCGGUAUCAACUCCACCGCGAGGGCGUGAUCGCCGAAAUCACGAAACUGGCCAACCAGGAACCGGAGCCCGAGCCGGAAGUAGAGCCCGAACCGGAGCCGGUGCAAGAACCGGAAUUGAAGGUUUCCACCAAUGAGACUCCAGAGCCAGAGGAUGAACCGGAGACGGAUGCUGAGCCGGAAGCCGAGCUGGAGGUUGAGCCGGAGUCAAACAGGUCUUCGGCAGAGCUCGCCGACGGCCAUGCCGACGACGAUGGGUCUGAAGCCGAACACGAAGAGGACGAGGAAGCCGACGAGGACGACGAAGACGACGACGAGUCUCACCAAUCUUCAGAGGAUGACGACGAGAAUGAGGAUAAUGAGAACGGGCACGUCGAUGGACAAAAUCGGGACGACAUGUCGGCCUCUCCAGUUAGCUCCGAGGGCUCCACCAUGUCCACUUCUGGGCCUCCCGCUCGCCUCCCCUCGGACCUCCCGUCUAUGAAAACGAGGAUCAUUGAACGUACCAAGAAUUUCCUUGAGGUCCACGAGAACGAGGAGGAGGGAAAGGCAAUGAAGAAGAAGGCGACCGAAAUACUUGACCGUCUGUCGUCUUUGGCGUCUGAGAUUGAGAACUUCUACCUCCACCGCACCUUCUCGUCACAACUGGCGCUCGAGAACGGCACCGAACUCUUCAAGAGGUUGGCGUCUUACUUCGACUCGGACGUGUUGGAGAGUGUCACAAGCGCUGAACUGCUCGCAUCUGGCGUCGUCCGCGUUCUAGAAGAGGUCAUGGGCAACCCGGAUGAGCAGCUCGCCGUGGCGGCGCAGACAGCGUUCCUCCAAGUGUUUAUGGGAUACACCGUCAAGUCGAAGCCGAAGACCGCGACGGCCGAUUCCCCCGCUACCCCUCUCAGUGUCAUGAUCCACAAGCUCCAGGACUUGCUUAGCAGGUCCGAACACUUUGAGGUUCUUACCGUCCAUCACCAAUCGUUUGAUAGCAAUCGGAGCAGUGCAACUUCCAUGCUAGCAAAGCAGAUUCGACUCAAGCUCGUGGCUGAUGAUGAUUCGGACAUUCCUCGACAUUAUCGGAACAUCAUGGUCUCAAUUCACGCCAUCACUACCUUGAAGUCCCUCGACGAUUAUUUGAGGCCUCGAAUCAGCCUCUCGGAUCGACCUCGUGCGUCUAAGCGCGAGGCCGUUUCGAGGGCGCUCGCUGCGAUGGCCAGUUCGGGUCUUCCCAUGAGUGCGGCAGCAGCUCGGUUAAUGGAGCGCUCGCUGCCGGGGGGUCUGGCCCAGGCCCCUGCGCCACCUCCGGCUCCAACAUCAUCGCAGCCAUCAGGCUCGCGGUCGACCCGAAAGUCCAAGUCCAAGUCAGAGCCAGUAAACGACACACCAGCAACACCGGAACCUUCAUCCUCAAAGGAGAAGACUACACUGCGCCGGUCCUCUCGCCGUCAAGUGGUGUCGGAAGGGACGCCGCCGCCGCCGCCGCCGCCGCCGCCAGAGAAUGAGAAUGACGUUGAGAAUACGCUCGAGUGCGCUGAUGAGAGGCAGCUGUCGGAUGACGAGGAGAUGGGUGAUGAUGACGCCUUGGAUAUGGUCCCUGACGUUGACGAGGGAAUGGAAGACGCGCCCACGCCUGACCCGUCCGCCGUGAACCUAGAGUUUGUUGCUGGGGGUAAGGUGACGGCACGCCAGGAGGAUGGGACUAGAGUGCCCACUCCAUCCCAGAGCCAGAGCCGACCCACGACCUCGCUUCCCAACCGUUCAAGCGCGCUGACCGCGGCUUUGCUUGGGACUCCAACUCCUGCCGGGUCUUCACGACCAAUGUCCUAUGCAGCCGCGAUCCAGUCCGUCCCGCAAGAUUGGCACCUGGAGUUCAGUAUUGACGGCAAGGUUGUGCCCAACGAGACGACUAUAUACCGUGCUGUGCAUAACUCUGCGCAAACGACUAAUGACCAUUAUGGCCGCACCGUCUGGUCGUCCGUUCACCCUAUCAAGUUCAGGCGGGUGCCUGGUCCGCCCCCGACAGAAUCUGCCGCCUUUGGCAACCCGACCGAGCUGGGCGCGGACUCCGAGGACAGCAACACUCCUGGAUCCCUGGCCAAGUCUCCGGUCACGGCGUCUAUUCUGCGACUGCUGAAGAAACUACACGAUCUUAACGCCAACAUCGACGAUGUUUUGGUCGAAAACAAGGAGACUCUCAAAGUCAAUGUCGAGCCCCUGUCGCAGUUCGUCAACACCAAACUUACCGCCAAGUUGAACCGGCAGCUGGAGGAGCCGCUGAUCGUGGCGAGCAACUGCCUCCCGAGCUGGAGUGAAGACCUGGCCAGGCUUUAUCCCUUCCUGUUCCCGUUCGAGACCCGUCAUCUUUUCCUACAGUCGACCUCUUUCGGUUACGCCAGAUCUAUGAGCCGCUGGCAAAGCGCCCAAUCUCAGGAAGAGGCUCGGCGAGACCGGCGAGACGAGAGGCCGUUCCUCGGGCGCCUGCAGCGCCAAAAGGUUCGGAUUUCCCGAUCCAAGAUUCUCGAGUCGGCCGUAAAGGUGAUGGAGCUCUACGGCGCUUCGCAAAGCAUCCUAGAAGUCGAAUACUUUGACGAAGUUGGCACCGGACUUGGACCCACGCUCGAGUUCUACUCGACCGUUUCCAAGGAGUUCUGCAAGAAGAAGCUCAAGCUCUGGCGCGACAAUGACCCCAACGGAGAUGACGAGUUUGUCUUUGGCCCGAACGGGCUCUUCCCUCGGCCGGUCAGCGAAGCAUUUGCGGCUUCCGAAGAAGGGGACAAGAUUCUUCAGCUCUACAAGAUGCUUGGCAAGUUCGUUGCGCGGUCCAUGAUCGAUUCCCGGAUUAUCGAUGUGAACUUCAACCCCAUCUUCUUCCGCAUCGGCGCGGAGCUGACAGCUGUUCGGCCGUCUUUGGGCGCGAUCAAGUCGGUCGACCCGAUGGUUGCGAGAUCGCUCAUGAUUGUGAAGAAGUUCGCGCUGGCGAAGAAGGCGAUUGACGAGGAUCCGAGUCGGAGUGCGGCCCAGAAGGUCAUCGAUACGGAAAACAUCGUGGUCGACAAGAUCCGGAUUGACGACUUGUAUCUCGACUUCACGCUGCCCGGCUACCCGGAGAUCGAGCUCAUUCCCGAGGGGGCCCAGACGCAGGUGACCAUCGACAACGUCGACCUAUAUCUCGAGAAGGUAAUCGACAUGACUCUGGGGUCCGGAGUCCGUCGGCAGGUGGAUGCAUUCCAGGCGGGCUUCUCGCAGGUGUUCCCAUACUCGGCGCUGAGCGCCUUCACGCCGGACGAGUUAUGCACGUUGUUUGGACGGGUGGAUGAGGAUUGGUCACUCGAGACUUUGAUGGAUUCGGUCAAGGCGGAUCACGGGUACAACAUGGAUAGCAAGACAGUCAGGAACUUGCUACAGGCGAUGAGCGAGUUCACUCCGGCUCAGCGCCGCGAUUUCUUGCAGUUUACUACGGGCAGCCCGAAGCUUCCUAUUGGUGGUAGGUUUUCCGCCAUCUCGUAUCUUUGGCGUGGUAACUAACGAAUCAUUACAAACAGGCUUCAGGAAGCUCACGCCCAUGUUCACGGUGGUUUGUAAGCCCAGCGAGUCACCCUACACGUCGGACGACUACCUCCCCAGCGUCAUGACGUGUGUCAACUACCUCAAGCUGCCCGACUAUUCGAACAUUGAUAUUCUACGGAAGCAGCUGUUUACGGCAGUGAAGGAGGGUCAGGGGGCGUUCCAUCUGUCUUGAGGGGGGGAAACACGGAGGGCAAAAGCAUGAUUGG